CUACUGACCAAUCAUAAACCCCGUUUUUUCUUCAUCUUAUAUAAUUCGGGUUCUUUCCCUCCUUCAAUCUUAAAAAGUUCAGAUGCUGGUUUUCGGCAUAUUUCAUUUAUUUUCGGGCUCUAUGCAGUAAGAGGCGAGGCACUUAAACAGUCUUGAAUUUUCUAACCCUGAAAUCAGAUCGGCCGGCGAAUUGAAAAUACUCUGAUAGGAAUUCGUUAUGGUGAGCAACGAGAGUAAUAUCCCGGGUCUAUAGUUCUGUGGGUUCGAACUCCUCGGGAUGGAUGACUUCCUAGUGAGGGCAUGGUGGAUAAUCAUUCAUGUUAUGUAUCAGCUUAGGCCUCGAGAGUAAUAUUAAGCAACUCGAACUAUCGCUUGAUCUCAAUCAUUUGACUUGUGAAGAGCGGCUAUCUUUACGUUAUUUACUUACUUGAAUACACAUGUAGUCUUCGGUGACUCUUGUUAUUCCAUUGUAUACAGGUCAACCUCAACGUGGCUAAGAUGAUAGCCUACAGCUCCGGGCCGAAGCCGGCUCGCAAGGUCCUCUUGUUUGGACCGCAAGCCCUGGCUUUCGACAUCAGCUUCUUCAACAAGCUAUACAAUCAACUUCAUGAGGCACCUGGCAAUCAUUGGGCUUUGGACAGUGUAUCUACACUUCCUGGUUUCUGGAAGGAUCUUCUGAAGAACAUCCCAAAAUUGCAGCACCUAGAUGGAGAACAGCUGUUACGAGAUCUGAACGAAGGGUUAAAAAUAGGGGAUAUCUCACCAUCUCUGUUCCCAUUACCAAAUAUCCUGCUCUCUCCCUUGGUUAUCAUUGCCCAAUUGACACAGUAUUUGAGUUUCUUGAAAGCUGCACUGCCGGACCUCGCCGAUAACGAUGAAUUGCCUGCCUCCGUCACUGAGAACACGGAAACUCUUGGAUUAUGCACUGGAAUGUUGAGCGCUCUCGCGGUCGGUUGUUCUUCUAGCGUAGCAGAACUUCGAAGUUAUGGAGCUGUUGCAGUUAGGCUAGCGAUGCUUGUUGGCGCGCUGGUCGACGCCGAGGAACUGUCACCUGACUCAGGGGGCAAGUCAGUAUCGUUCUCCGUAUCCUGGAAUGGUGCGGAGUCUAGCGCCGCUGUCAAUCAAGUUCUGGAGAAAUUCCCCGAGGCAUAUGUUUCGGUUUUUGUCGAUGAGAGAAGAUCGACAGUGACAGCAUCCAGACGGAUAGCUCCUGCUUUGAUUGAAAAUCUUAAGAAGUGUGGUGUCUACGUUACCGAAGUUGCAUUGUAUGGUCGAUUUCACUGGGUAAAGCACCAGGAAAAUGUAGACAAACUCAUCCAACUUUGCGACCAAACUCCGGAACUCCAAUUCCCUUCUCCGUCCAAGAUGGUGCUCUCCAGCAGGCUGGAGACUGGAGGUCAAUACAUCUCUACCGGAAGUCUCCACGAAUCUGCCUUACGGGAAAUUCUGCUGAAGCCGUCUCAGUGGCUAAGCACAUUCAGCCUCCUCUACACUUCGCAAUUAAUUACCGACGGCAACGUCAUCUGUUUCGGGCCGGAACGUUGUGUGCCGCCAACAAUAGCUAGGAAACUUGGAUCUCGACUAGUUCACAUUUCUGAUGUUGAUUUAACGACGUCUCCGGUACCCGGCACGCUCUUGGGACGGAGUUCAGCACCCGCGCUGGAAGACCUUCCGGACGAGCGCAUUGCUGUUAUCGGUAUGUCCUGCCAUGUCCCCGGAGCCCAAGAUCUUGACGAAUUCUGGAAUAUCUUGGUCAAGGCCGAAUCCCAGCAUAGAGAGGUUCCAACCGACCGUUUUAGCAUGGAAACACCUUGGAGGGAACUUGAACCAAACCGCAAGUGGUUUGGUAACUUUAUGCAAGAUUACGACACCUUCGAUCAUAAAUUUUUCAAGAAGAGCCCGCGCGAAAUGUCAUCAACCGAUCCUCAACAUCGCCUGUGUUUGAAACUUGCGUAUCAAGCCGUCGAACAAGCUGGAUAUUUUGCUGUCCCUGACAUUGAUAAGCAGAUUGGCGUUUAUAUUGGGGUUGGAAAUAAUGACUACGAACGAAAUAUUGCGUGUUACCCGCCAAAUGCUUAUUCAGCUACUGGAAAUCUGAGAAGUUUUAUCGCAGGGAAAGUCAGCCAUUAUUUCGGGUGGACUGGUCCAGCUCUGACGAUCGAUACUGCCUGCUCGUCUUCUGCUGUAGCAAUUCACCAGGCCUGCCGCUCUAUCAUCACCGGCGAAUGUAGUACUGCGGUUGCGGGAGGCGUCAAUGUCCUUACUAGUCCUGAAUGGUUCCAAAAUCUAUCUGGUGCUUCCUUCCUCAGCCCAACCGGACAGUGUAAGCCUUUUGACGUCAAGGCUGAUGGGUAUUGCAGAGGAGAGGGUGGAGGGAUUGUCUUUUUGAAGAAACUCUCUUCCGCUAUUGCCGAUGGCGACCAAGUGUUAGGUGUAAUCGCGGGAACGCGAGUCUACCAGAACCAAAACUGCACAGCAAUUACUGUGCCAAACGCAAUAUCACUAUCGGAUCUUUUCACGGACGUCGUGAGACAGUCAAGGCUUGAACCCCAUGCCGUAUCUGUCGUUGAGGCGCAUGGAACAGGGACUCCUGUAGGAGACCCUGCAGAGUACGACGGUAUCAGGCAAAUUUUGGGUGGCCCGAAGCGCCCCAACACGCUGUCCUUGUCGUCUGUUAAGGGCUUGCUCGGCCACACUGAAUUCUCGUCAGGUGUAAUAGCUCUACUAAAGAUAUUACUCAUGAUUAAUGAAGGAUCUAUCCCUCCCCAAGCUAGCUUUACCACCAUUAACCCCGCGAUUAAGGCAGUCCCCGAGGACAAGAUUGAGAUUCCAACCCGCUUAAAGUCAUGGGAUGUUGGUUUCCGCGCGGCUCUUAUCAACAACUACGGCGCCUCCGGUUCUAAUGCUUCGAUGGUCAUCACCGAGAGCCCGAAGCUCUUAACCGGAAAACCGCUCCCGGGGCCAUCUUCCGCCGAGAACUUCCCGUUCUGGUUCUGUGGGUUCGAUCAAAGCAGCCUCCGAUCGUACGUUGCCAAAUUCAGACGCCUUUUACAGGUUCAAUCUAGUUCGCGUAAAGAUCUGAGCGUACGCAACUUGUCAUUCCAGCUGUCCCGCCAGUCGAAUAGAACUCUUCCACAGGCCCUGAUACUAAACGCCAAAUCCACCAGCGACUUAGAUCAAAAGCUUGAGGCUUUUGAAAAGGGUGACAACAGCGUCGCGGCGAUUCCACUCCAGCCAGUUCGCCCUGUGAUUCUAUGCUUUGGAGGCCAGAUUUCCACGUUUGUCGGAUUGGAUAAAGAUGUCUACGAUCGGGUGACACUCCUAAGAGCUCACUUGGAUCAAUGCGAUGCUAUGUGUCUCUCCCUAGGACUCGACAGUAUCUACCCUGGCAUCUUCCAGAAGUCCCCCAUUGAGGAUACUGUUAAGCUGCAAACCAUACUUUUCGCAACACAGUAUUCGUGCGCCAAAUCGUGGAUAGAUUCAGGGGUUAAGGUUACAGCCGUGGUCGGUCACAGUUUCGGCGAAUUGACAGCCCUUUGCGUUGCUGGAGCCUACUCGCUAAAGGAUGCCUUCAAAUUAAUUUCUGGCCGAGCCCGCCUGAUCCGGGAUACCUGGGGUACUGACAAAGGAUCUAUGCUCGCCGUCGAAGCUGAUAUUACCGAUGUAGAAGCUUUAAUUUCUGCUUCCAACAAGGCCUCGGGAGGUGCAUCCCCAUUGUCAAUUGCCUGUUACAACGGACCUAAAACUUUCACUCUUGGUGGUUCCGCGAAAGCCGCUCAGAUUGCCGAAGAUCUUGUCAAAAAUGAUCCGGCUUUCUCUCGAUUCAAACUGAAGAAGCUCAACGUAACGAAUGCCUUCCACACCGCUCUCGUAGAUGCGUUGAAGGAUGAUCUUGAAGUACUAGGGCGGGGUAUUGCAGUCAGCGAACCGGCGAUCAAGGUAGAACGAGCGACUGAGCAGAGGUCUGCUGGAAAGCUAGAGUCAAGUUUCGUGGCUAAGCACAUGAGGAAUCCAGUCUUCUUCAACCACGCCGUCCAAAGACUCGCCAAGGAAUACCCAGCAGCGAUCUGGCUAGAGGCUGGGUCGAAUUCCACCGUGACUAACAUGGCGAGUCGUGCACUUGGGAAUCCAAGCACCGGUCACUUCCAGCCUGCCAAUGUCACUAGCGACAACUCCUUCCAAUUUCUUGCAGAUGCGACCACUAAGCUUUGGAAACAGGGCUUGAAUGUGUCUUUCUGGGCGCAUCACAAGAGCCAGGUAUCGGAAUAUUCACCAAUAGUGCUGCCUCCGUACCAGUUCGAAAAGACGAGGCACUGGAUGGAACUCAAAGCGCCUCCGAAGCUGGAGGUCCCAGUGGUUGAACAAGUCCAAGUACCAGAGGUUCCCAAGGGUCUUACGACCUUUGUUGGCUACCAAGAUGACGCAAAGAGGUCUGUCCGGUUCAGAGUUAACACAAGCAUAGACAAGUUCCAGAAGCCAACAUCGGCUAAUAUUGUGGUUAACGCAGCCGUCUGCACUCCCGGUACUUUACAAUUGGAAGUUGUGCUAGAUGCAUUUUUGAAUCUCAGGUCGAACUUUAAAGAUUUCAGCUUCCAACCUGAAAUCCGAGGACUUGUCUACCACAAUGCUUUGAUUGCCGAUCCUUCGAAAACGCUAUUUGUAGAUGCUGUCGCUAAAGACGGCGAAGGAUUGAUAUGGGACUGGAAGCUUAGCGGUACCAACUCAUCUGGCAGCGUAACAGACUACAGCUCUGCUACGAUAGUAUUCCGAGCAGCCAACGACCCUCAGCUUAAUGAAUACUUCGAGAGUUUGGCACGUUUGAGCGGCAGAAAACGAUGCGCUGAUCUCUUGCGAGGCGAUCUCGCUGAUGAUGUACUUCAAGGCCGAAACAUCUACCGAGCUUUUGAGCAGGUUGUGGAUUAUAAAGAACAUCUUCGCCACGUAACUAAGAUAGCUGGAAAAGAUCUCGAUGCAGCGGGUCGGGUUACGAAAGCGUAUGAAGGGGAAAAUUGGAUCGAUCCCGUUUUGACGGAGUGUUUCUGUCAAGUCACAGGUAUCUUCGUGAACCUAAUGACCGAUGCCUCGGAUUUAUCGAAGAGAGGCAUUUUCAUCUCUGAGCGGAUUGCCCGAUGGAUUCGCAAUCCUAAAUUGAGCGGAACCGGUUCACAAUCGGAUGUAUGGGAGGUUUUCGCGGUGCACCAUCGUGAAUCCGAGACGAAAUACAUCAGCGACGUCUUCGCUUUCGAUGCUCGAGAUGGAUCGUUGGUUGAGGCGGUAUUGGGAAUUUCCUACGUGAAAGUGCCAUUAGAAGGAUUCCGCAGAAUAUUAUCUAGGGGAGCACAGUCAGCAUCUCAACCACCCACUACUGCAGCCACAUCAGCGCCAUCGCAGGUCCAAGCUCCGGAGCCUGUCGCAGCAGCACCUACUGCUACUUCAGCAGCCCCGAGUCAGCCUAAAGCGGCCGCUAAAAAGGCACCAAAGGCAGCCGGACCAGACAUUGCUGGGAAGACUCGCGAUAUUGUAUGCAACCUUUCUGGUUUAGAACCCUCGGAAGUCCAAGAUGACUCCGAUCUUAUUGAGAUCGGCAUUGAUUCCCUCAUGGCCAUGGAACUAGUGCGGGAGGUCGAAGCUGCAUUUAAAUGCACUCUUUCAAAUGACCAGCUUAUGGACUUGACCCACUUCCGCAGUCUUGUAGUGUGCAUUCGGUCGACUCUAGGCCUUCCCGACGAAGGGGCGGAUGAGGAUGAGGAAGAGUCCUCCACAGGAGAGACCGAAGCGGCACCCCAGACCAAUGGCGUUGCGCACACUAACGGGGUUAACGGAGUGAACGAAACUAAUGGGGUUAACGGAGCACAUGUCACUAAUGGCGUCAACGGCGUCAACGGAGCAAAUGGUUUACACGAUACGAAUGGUGUCAACGGUAAAGAAGAGUUAAACGGCAUCAAUGGUGUCAAUGGUCACGUACCUUCGUCAGGCAAAGAUAUCGAUCUGCCUACUUCAACAACACUGAAUGUUUUCCGCGAGGUCAAAUGGACUACCGAUGACUUCAUCGCACAAGAGAAGCUGGCGAAUUACCAUAAGAAAGUUGUACCAAGAUCGACGGAGCUUUGCGCCGCUUACCUCGUUCAGGCUUUUGAGCAGCUUGGCUGUCCAAUCCGAUCCGCAAAACCUGGCCAACGACUUGAGCGCGUCCCAUAUCAUCCCAAGCAUGAAAGGAAUAUGAAGUUGAUGUAUCAGAUCCUGGAGGUCGACGCUCGUUUAAUAGACAUUAACGGCUCGGAGAUUACACGCACAGCCGUCGCGGCACCCACCAAAUCUCCAGAAGCUCUACUCGAAAAAUUGCUUCAUGACGAACCAGCAAGUGCAGCUGAGCACAGGCUCACAGCUAUAACAGGCGGUAGUCUUUCGGACAUCAUUACCGGCAAGGUAGAUGCUGCACAAUUAAUCUUUGGUACACCUGAGAGCCGAGAAGUCGCAUCGGCCUUCUAUGCAAAUUCGCCCUUUACAGGCGUCUGGAUUCAACAACUUGAACAUUUCCUCAAGCAAUUCGUCGCUGCUCUUCCCAAGAAUGGAGAUACACUCCGCAUUUUCGAAGUCGGAGGGGGUACUGGUGGAACAACAUGUAAACUUGUACCGUUACUGGCUCGCCUCGGAGUGCCCGUCAAAUACACCAUGACCGAUAUCUCAGGUUCGCUAAUCGCAGCCGCCCGAAAGAGAUUCAAGCAAUACCCAUUCAUGGAGUUCAAAAUGUUUGACAUGGAAAGCGAACCAGACUCGAAGUUUUUGGAGAGCCAGCACAUCGUGCUAGGUACAAACUGUAUCCAUGCGACGCGAGAUCUGUCCAUUUCUCUAACAAACCUUCGUCGCGUACUACGUCCCGAUGGAUUUUUGAUUCUUUUGGAAAUGACAGAGAUGGUUCCAUGGGUCGACUUCGUGUUUGGAAUGAUAGAAGGCUGGUGGUUGUUUGAAGAUGGACGUGACUAUGUACUGCAACCACCCACGCACUGGGAGAAGGUUCUCCAUUCGGUAGGUUAUGGUCACGUCGACUGGACCGAUGGAGAUCUUCCGGAAGCCGGCCUCCAGCGGUUGAUAAUCGCGCAUGCAUCUGGUCCAAAAUUCGAGCGUGGACCGAAGCCUCCCGCCCCGCCCGCGGUUGAGGAAGCCCCCGCGAUUCCGGAUCAGACAGAACGUCGCGCGAUGAUUGAGGCGUACAUUGACAAAUACAUCAAAGAUUUCCGAGCACCAUCCAACUCCGGAGGGCCAACCACCACGUCAACACCCGCAGGGAAGCGCGUGCUCGUUACAGGUGCUACCGGAAGUUUGGGUGCACACAUCGCCGCCUCCCUCGCGCGACGCCCGGACGUUGAGAUGGUCGUGUGCAUUAACCGAAUAAGUACCAUUGAAGCGAAGACCCGCCAGAAGAAGUCUCUUGAGAUGAGAGGCAUCAUGCUUGACGAGGAAUCUUUGGCCAAGCUAAACGUCGUUGAAACGGACACAAGCAAGCCCAACCUAGGAUUUUCGCCAGAAACAUACGAUUAUAUGGUGCACAACGUCACUCAAAUUGUCCACAGUGCUUGGCCAAUGAGUUUGACGCGUCCGAUUCGUACAUAUGAGAUUCAAUUCAAGAUAGUGCGAAACCUCAUCGACCUUGCGUGUAGAAUCUCAGAGUACAGGCCACCGCCAUUCCGAGUUGGUUUCCAAUUUGUUUCCUCAAUCGCUACAGUAGCCAAUUACCCUCAAUGGAAGGGCGUACCACGGGUACCUGAGGGGCUGACACAAAUGGAGUCCGUGCCCUACACCGGCUACGCUGAAGCGAAGAUGGGUUCUGAGCACAUGCUGCACAGAACGCUAUAUAGCUUGCCGGAACGCUUCCAUACUAUGGCAGUGCGUGUCGCACAGAUUGCCGGGUCUACCAGUAACGGGUACUGGAAUCCAACAGAGUACAUUCCUUUCCUUGUGAAAACUUCACAAAACCUCAAGCUUCUUCCAGAUUUGGACGGUGAUUUAUCAUGGUAUCCCGUCGAUGACGUCGCAUCAACUCUUGGUGAUCUACUAGUGUCUGGUACUGCGGAGGACAUGGUCUAUCAUAUUGACAACCCGUCGCGCCAGACUUGGAAGGAGUUAAUUGCAAACCUAGCAUCUGUGCUAGGCCUUGGUCCUGAGAGCAUCGUUCCAUUUGACGAAUGGAUUGACCGGGUACGACGUUUCAGGGCCUCUACGACUGAUAACCCGUCGCUACAGUUGAUGGAUUUCUUUGAGAUUUAUUUCGUCCCUAUGUCCUGCGGUGGUCUAAUUCUAGACACGACACAAGCUGAGAAGCAUUCGGAGACACUGAAGAACGAGGGUCCCAUAGACUAUAAUCUUCUGAUGAAGUACAUUGAAUCAUGGAAGAGAUCCGGUUUCCUAAAUCCAUGAGAUGGAAUUUCCUUUAAUUUCAAUACUAUAGAUAAUUAGAUAGACAUCGGAUGUUGUAUUAGCCAAUAAAUGUUUGAAUGUUUUGUGUACCUAAUUAUGUAGAAAUUGUUAAGAGGUAUUUUCAGAAAAUGCGCCUGCGAUGAGCCCUGGCACCUAAUCCUGUACAGUGUCGCCCUUCAAUAUACCAAUUGAAAACCGAGCUUACCUGUGAAUUAUGGGUAUCAAAGAUCCGAUACUAAAGGAGAAUUACUAUCACGAUAUUACAGGUACCUAAUCUGUCUACUGUAUGCUGCGUUUCUAACCCCACUAUAGAGGUGUUCUCUUCAUUUCAUCAGCAUCACUGUUUUAACCCUAUCAUCUUUUAGCUGCGACGAAAUAAGUCAAGAAUACAAGAACUAGCAGUUUAUCCGGGUAUA